CGCUCAGUAAAAUAUUUCAAUAUUUAAUAAUUAUAGAGGGAUAGAGUACUUAGCUUUAUGGUGGCGAAACGACGCGAAGAGUUGUUAAAAUAAGAGUGCUGCGCCAAUGAAUCACAAGGCGCGUAUGUAGACUGCUGGUAAUGUCGCUUGUCUGGCGGAGGAGUGGCGCCGGUUCGAGUCCUUCCGGCGAUGACAUUUUUUUACGCGAGUUGGUGGGUGUGCGCGGAGUGGAGCAAGGAUGGGCCGCGUGCUGGAGUAGGGAUUCGACUUGGGCUUGAUUUGAAGAAGCUGGCGGAGCGGGCCGCGAGUUGGAGAGUGGCGGACACAUUUGGCGCACGGGAGUGGGCCUUCUGGAUCGCGAGUGAGGAGAUAUUAAAAUAAGCGCUCCGCGCUUGUGUGACCAAUGGAGCCUUGUUGCAUACUGGUUAGUGCGC